CGUUCGUUAUCUUUUUAUUUUACAACAUAUGGUCCAAAAACUUAACAGCUUUUGGAUCUCGAUUUUUUUUUAAAGAAAUUAUUUCCCCUUUGGUAUCGAUCUGCACACAUUAACCAACAUGCCCACUCCUGAGGAACUUCUGGCUGUUGAGCGCAUCUCGGCCGAGGACUUGGCUACUGCUCUGCGCUCCGAUCGUGAACGUCCAGUGGUUGUUGACGUGCGCAACGAGGAUUACGAGUUGUUAGGACACAUCAAGGAUGCAGAGCACCUCCCCUCAGAUACGUUCAAGGAGGAUGCCGACGUGGACGCUUUGGUCGCCAAAUAUGGCAGCAAACGAGAUGUUGUAUUUCACUGUGGUCGCAGCAACACAAGAGGCCCUACGUGUGCGCUACGCUUCAUCGAGCGUGCAGAGGCAGCUGGUGUCAAGACGCACGUUCGGGUACUUGCCGGGGGGUUCACUGACUUUGCUCAGAAAUACGCUGGCUCCGCGGAUCUCGUGACGUCUCCCACGCAGGCAAAAGAGUAAGGUGACGAUAUCGUUGACAUGGCCAUAUUUUUUUUUACGUUGCCAUAGCAACAACAGAAUUAUCGUAACCAUAUCAACAAUCACUUUCAUUCGUCCAACACAAGAA